GGGGCGGGAAGAGGGAGAGAUCUAUAUGGGGGAGUGUGGGAAAGAGCCACACUGGAACGUCCCAGCGGCGAGGUGGCCUUGUGCAGGACUUGGGGCGCCAGUCUGGGGGGGACGGGUGGAAACGGAGGCGGCUGUGGAAGGCCCUCCCUGCUCGGCAGGAGGGGGCUGACUGGGGGAGGGACAGCGGUUUAGGGCCUAGGGGCCACGUGACCCUCCCCCAGGAAUGCGGUGACGUCACCGGGGGCGUGGCUGUCCCCAAAAUUGGGGAGGAAGGGGAAAAGAAAAAAGCCAGAAAAAGUUUCUUUCCUGGAGUUCCAAACGAGGUGUGGGACGGAAGAAGCGGUCAAGACCAGAGGCUCGGGACUACACGAGGCCUGACUGCUAUCUGGAGUCCCCUGUUCCAGGCCAUGUCGGGGCCCACCUGGCUCCCCCCAAGGCAGCUGGAGUCUGCAAGAUCCCCUCAGGGGAGAGCACCCCCCCGAGGCGCCCCGGGGCCGCCGCCAGCCCAUGGAGCAGCACUUCAGCCCCACCCCAGGGUCAAUUUUUGCCCCCUCCCAUCUGAGCAGUGUUACCAGGCCCCCGGGGGACCGGAUGAUCGGGGGCUCGCCUGGGUGGGGUGCCAUGGAGCACCCCAGCGCUCACAGGUGAGAACUGGAAUUGGGGGGGUGGGAGGUGGGGGCACCCGGGGCAAGGGAUUUGAAUUUUCCCUGCUUUUGCUUCAUCCCCAGGGGCUCCCCCCGGAUAGGGGGGCCUUGCGUCCAGGGAGUCUGGAUGCCGAGAUAGAUUCGCUGACCAGCAUGCUGGCUGAGCUGGAUGGAGGUCGUGGUCAUGCUCCACGACGGCCAGACCGGCAGGCUUAUGAGCCUCCUCAGCCCCAUGCCUACCGCACGGGCUCGGGCUCCCUGAAGCCGAAUGGAGGGAGUGUUCCUAUUCCUCCCCAAGAGCUCUCAGCGUCCCCCUACGGGGGCCCCACUCCGGCCUCCUAUGCCACAGCCAGCACCCCCGCUGGCCCUGCCUUCCCUGUGCAAGUGAAGGUGGCACAACCAGUGAGAGGCUGUGGCCCUCCCAGGCGGGGGACCUCUCAGGCCUCCGGGGCUCUCCCAGGCCCCCACUUUCCUCUCCCAGGCCGAGGUGAAGUCUGGGGGGCUGGCUAUAGGAGCCACCGGGAGCCAGGGCCGGGGGUUAAAGAGGAGGCUGCAGGAGGAGGAAGAGGAGGCGGGUACGGGCACCAGGUCCCCCUGAGCCAGCCUCCUGAGGAGGAGCUCGAGAGGCUGACCAAGAAGCUGGUGCACGACAUGAACCACCCUCCCACUGGGGAGUACUUCGGGCGCUGUGGCGGCUGUGGAGAAGACGUGGUUGGGGACGGGGCUGGCGUUGUGGCCCUGGACCGCGUCUUUCACGUUGGCUGCUUCGUGUGCUCCACGUGCCGGGCCCAGCUUCGGGGCCAGCAUUUCUACGCCGUGGAGAGGAGGGCAUACUGUGAGAGCUGCUACGUGGCCACCCUGGAGAAGUGCUCCACGUGCUCCCAACCCAUCUUGGACCGGAUCCUGCGGGCUAUGGGGAAGGCCUACCAUCCCAGCUGCUUCACCUGUGUGGUGUGCCACCGUGGCCUUGAUGGCAUCCCUUUCACAGUGGACGCCACGAGCCAGAUCCAUUGCAUCGAGGACUUCCACAGGAAGUUUGCCCCACGAUGCUCGGUGUGUGGUGGGGCCAUCAUGCCCGAGCCAGGUCAGGAGGAGACCGUACGAAUCGUUGCUCUGGAUCGCAGUUUUCACAUCGGCUGUUACAAGUGCGAGGAGUGUGGGCUGCUGCUGUCCUCCGAGGGCGAGUGUCAGGGCUGCUACCCGUUGGACGGGCACAUCUUGUGCAAGGCGUGUAGUGCCUGGCGCAUCCAGGAGCUCUCGGCCACCGUCACCACUGACUGCUGAGUCUUUCCAGAAACAUUAUAACAUUCCCCCUUCCCCUCAGCCACCCUCCCUGACAUCUGCCUUUACAACUUUGUCACCAAAUGCUGUCUCUUCCUCUGGUCGUGAAAUAAUAAUUCCUCAAGUUU